AUGGGGGACGGCGUGUCCGAGAAGGACUCGCUCCGGCGGGGCCGGUCGCGGAGCCAGUCCUUCGAGGGCAAGUCGCGGUCGCGGUCCGCGAGCGUGGAAAAGGACUUCGACCCCCUGAAGACGGAGCUCACGCGCGACGAGUUCGUCGCCUACGUCGAGAACCCGCGGAAGCAGCCCGCGCGGGGCAUCUCCUACACGGAGGCCCUCGCGGCGCCGCCCGAGGUCGCGACGCCCGUCCGCGAGGCGCUCGACAAGGCGCGGCACAAGCACCGCUUCGACGACCCGAAGAAGCGCGUCUUCUCCCAGGCUUCCGCCCAGAAGCUCAACGAGCUCGCGAACAUCGACGACGCCCUCGAGUUCGACUUCACGAACCAGGCCGAGCUCCACAACAUCGACAAGGCUAAACUCGCGCACGAGCUCCGGUCCGACCUCGAGAGGGGCCUGCCCGCGGAGCUCGCGGCGGAGAAGCUGGCCGAGGACGGCCCCAACGAGCUCGAGAAGCCGCCGCGCGUGACCUUUUUCGUCCUCUUCCUCAUCCAGCUGAGCCAGAUCAUCACGCUCCUCCUCAUCGCCGCGUGCGUCGCGUCGGCCUGCGUCAACGCGACGGACGCCGCGAGGCGCGGCUCCGCGCUGUCCUACGUCGACUCCAUCGCCAUCUUCAUCAUCGUCUUCCUCAACGCCUACAUCGCCGCGGCGUCGGAGAACGCGGCGAACGGCGCCCUCGAGGCGCUCGACGCGCUGUCGUCGCCCGUGUCCGUCGCCGUGCGCGACGGCGAGGAGGUCGAGCUCGACUCGACGCAACUGGUCGUCGGCGACGUCAUCCUCCUCGCCACGGGCGACGUCGUGCCCGCGGACUGCCGCGUCGUCCGGGCCGCGGACCUCAAGGUCAACGAGAUGCUGCUCACGGGCGAGUCCGAGGACGUGUCGAAGACCGACAAGGUCAAGCCGAAGAAGCCCGGCGCGGCCGCGAAGCUCACGGAGGACACGAUGAUCUUCUCGUCGUGCACGGUCAAGGCGGGCAACUGCCGCGCCCUCGUCGUCCACACGGGCAUGCGCACGCGCGUCGGCCAGAUCGCGGCGUUGCUCACGGACGACGCGGGCGCCAAGGGCGCGGGCUGCCUCCCGGACACCAAGGGCAACAUGACGCCGCUCCAGGUCCAGCUCGAGAAGCUCGCCGUGAAGAUCGGCGUCCUCGCCAUCGCCUGCUGCGUCAUCGUCUUCGUCGUCGGCGCGGCGAUGGAGGUGCCGGACCCCGAGGGCAACGUGCCGUCGUGGCUCUACAUGAUCCUCAUCGCCGUGACGCUGACCGUCGCGGCCAUCCCCGAGGGCCUGCCCCUCACCGUGACCAUCUCGUUGUCGACGGGCUGCAGCGACAUGGUCAAGGAGAACGUGCUCGUGCGGAAGAUCGCGGCCGUCGAGACGCUCGGCUCCGCGUCCGUCAUCUGCACGGACAAGACGGGCACGCUGACCGAGGGCAAGAUGCGCUGCGUCAAGGCCCUGUUCGGCGGCGAGGACUACGUCGUCUCCGGCCGGGGCUUCGACCCGACCGUCGGCUCCGUCGGCGUCGCCGGCGCCGUGCCGGGGCCGGACCUCGCGUUCGCCGAGGGCGACGACGCCCGGGCGCACGCGAACGUGCGCGCCGCCCUCGCGUCGGCCGUGCUCUGCUGCUCGACGACGCUGAACCGCGUCGAGGACGAGAGCGGCGCGAUGGUCUGGACGCCCAAGGGCAACUCGUCCGAGGCGCCGAUCGUCGUCGCCGCGGCCAAGUGCGGCCUCUGGGCCGCGGACCUCGAGCCCCUCUUCCCGCGCGCGACGGAGAUCCCCUUCUCCUCGAGCCGCAAGAUGAUGGCCGUGGUGACGGCCGGCGGCGCGCUCGACGGCGCGCCCAAGGCCGUCGGUCUGGCGUCGCCGUACGUCGCGCACGUCAAGGGCGCGCCGAACUACGUCCUCGAGUCCUGCGCCAAGACGUUGCGCCCCGACGGCUCCGUGGGGGCCCUCGACGCGGCGACGCGCGCCAAGAUCGACGCCACCGUCGACGCGCUGAGCUCCGAGGCGCUCCGGGUCCUCGCGAUCGCGUGCGCGCCCCUGCGGUCCCUGCCCUACGACGACGAGGCGGACGUCGAGGACAAGCUCAGCGCCAUCCUCGGCGGGGGCCUCACGUUCCUCGGCCUCGUCGCGUCCAUCGACCCCGAGCGCCAGGGCGUCAAGGCCGCGAUCGCGACGGCGAACUCCGCGACGGUCCGCACGGUGAUGAUCACGGGCGACUACCUCAAGACGGCCCAGGCCAUCGCGCGGAACAUCGGCAUCCUCGCGGCCGACGGGUCCCAGGACGGCGACGCCGUCGACUGCGGCAGCCUGCGGCCCGGCGGCGGCGACGACUACCUCGACGAGCCGGCCAUGGACGCGCUCACGCUGCGCGUCAACGUCUUCGCGCGCGCCAAGCCCGAGGACAAGCUCGAGAUCGUCAAGUCGCUCCAGCGCCAGGGCUUCGUGAGCGCCAUGACGGGCGACGGCGUCAACGACGCGCCCGCGCUCAAGGAGGCGGACAUCGGCGUGUCCAUGGGCCUCGAGGGCACGGAGGUCGCCAAGGGCGCGUCCGACAUGAUCCUCACGGACGACAACUUCUGCUCCAUCGUCAAGGCCGUCGAGAAGGGCCGCGGCAUCUACAGUGGCAUCGAGAAGUUCGUGUCCUUCAUCAUGUCCGUCCACUUCGCGGAGGUCCUCCAGAUCUUCCUCUGCGUCGUCUCGGGCCUGCCGAUCAUGCGCGAGCCGCUCCAGAUCCUCUUCCUCGUCCUCGUCACGGACCUGCCGCCGGCCAUCGCUUUGGGCGUCGAGCCGCCGGAGAAGGGCCUCAUGGACAAGAAGCCGCGGCCCAAGGCCCAGCCCGUCAUCAUGCCCUGGAUGUGGAAGUGCAUCAUCGCGAACGGCAUGAUCAUGACCGCGGGCAUCACGGCGACCUACGUCGUCGCGCUCCACGCCUACGCGGGCACCUACCUCACGGAGAACAUCGACCGCAAGACGCGCGACUCCUGCGCGCGCACCGUCGCGUUCAUCGCCCUGGUCUGGGCCGAGAACAUCCGCGCCUACACCGCGCGGUCCUUCACGGAGCCCAUCUGGGUCAAGACGUUCUCGAACCCGACGAUGAACAAGGCCAUCGCGUCGGCCCAGGCCGCGCUUUGGUGCGCGCUCCUGGUGCCCGGCCUCUCCACGUCCGUCAUGGGCCUCUACCCCUUGGGGGACCCGGGCCUCAGCGGCAACUCGACGGACUCGAUCCAGUGGUGGGGCUGGGUCCUCGCGGCCGUCGGCGCCGUCGCCUGCGGCGCCGGCUGCGAGCUCUACAAGCUUUACAUCAAGCUCACCGUCGGCGACCCCCACGACACGGUCCCCGGCUACGAAACGGUGGCGGUCAAGCCCGCGCUCGAGCUCCCCUAG